ACUCCUGAAAUCGGCGAUCCAUUGAAAAUGUCUGUUUGUACUCGCCGUGCGCGCGCAUUGACUCUGGGUUACAUUUAACCCAAAUUCAUCUCAGGCACUUUGGAGCUAAUAAACAAAACGGGGAGUAAACUAGUGUGUGUUUAAUCAGCCGAGAGUUCAGGGUCUAUGUGACGGUGAGGCGCUGAGUGUCGGCCAUGUUGGAUCACGCUGACGUGAGUUUAAGCCCGGAGGAGCGAGUGCGUGCUCUCACUAAGAAGGGCAGCGCGGUGGAGGUGAACGAGGCGGUGCCUGUCCGCCGAUACUUUCGUUCGGGGAUGGAGAUGAUCCGCAUGGCGCACAUCUACGCCGAGGAGGCCAACCUGGAGCAUGCCUUCGUCCUCUACAACAAAUACAUCACACUCUUUAUUGAGAAACUCCCCAAACAUCCCGAGUAUAAGAUAUCCAACAUCCCGGAGAAGAAGGACACUCUGAAGAAACUGAAGGAGAUAGCAUUUCCUCAGGCUGAGGAACUGAAGAAAUGUCUGCUGAAGAGAUAUGAGAGAGAGUACGCAGAGUAUCUCAUUAAAAAGCGGGAGGAAGAGUCAGCAGUGCAGCGUGAGUUGGAGAGGCAGAAGGAGCUGGACCUGGAGAGGAGGCGUGUGGCGGAGCAGCAGAGGAGGCAGCAGGAGCAGCAGCAGUUCAGCGUGUUCGAGGAGAUGAUCCGGCGCCAGGAGCUGGAGCGAGAACGGCAGCGCGUCCUGAACGACUUCAGCGUUCCUGUCACUCCUCCCAAGCAGGCCCCCCUCAUCCCUGGUGUCCAGGGCCCACCCCCGCCUUACUCUUCAUCUCCUACACCACCCCUGAGCCCGGCAUACCCUUCCACCGAUCACAACGUGGCACCGCCACCGCCCACACCGAGUCCAGCUGUUCCUACAUUCGAUCGCUCACUCAAACCAGGCUCUCUGAGCAAAUCAGGCAGCACUCCUCUGUUAUUGUACAGUACGAGAGCGGCCUCUAGAGGCGAAUCACUAAUUCCACGUGCUGGUUCAGGUACGCCGGUGGACGGAUUGCGGCAGGUCGCCGUCCCCGCGGAGCUCUGCACAAAGUUCCUUCAGCUGGCCAACAGCAACACGAUGCGAUCUGUGGAGACGUGUGGGAUCCUCUGCGGGAAACUGAUGAGGAACGCGUUCACGGUGACCCACUUGAUCGUCCCGAAGCAGUGCGGCGGUCCUGAUUACUGCGACACGGAGAACGAGGAGGAGCUGUUUCUGGUGCAGGACCAGCACAACCUCAUCACACUCGGCUGGAUACAUACUCACCCGACCCAGACGGCCUUCCUCUCCAGCGUCGAUCUUCACACUCACUGCUCCUACCAGCUGAUGUUGCCCGAAGCCAUCGCCAUCGUCUGCUCACCCAAAUUCAAGGAGACCGGAUACUUCAGGCUAACUGACUACGGCAUGGAGGAGAUCUCCACCUGCACACAGAAAGGCUUUCACCCUCACCCCAAAGAGCCCCCUCUCUUCAAUAACGGCAGCCAUGUUGCGAUCACAGAAGGCGCGGUGACCAUGCUGGACCUGCGCUGAUCGGCUCCAAGCGCGCUGCUACGAAGAGCUUUCGCCCCCCUGGACCGCAGCUGUAAUCUUUUACCCUUAACACGCUACACAGACCAACGUCGGCUAGAAAUUAGACGAACGUUUACUGACCAAUCAGCAUUUAGAGGUGGCGGGAUUUCGUCAGAGCGGACGGCGGCGACCGUCUGCAUGAAGCACUUUCGGAAAAAACGAGCGUUCGAUGCACCCAAGAAUGACGCAUUUACCCCAUCGGCCUGGACCACGAGGACUUACGCAGACGUCAGGACUCGGGAUGGAGCAAGCAUUGAGCUUUUCAUUCAUCAAGUAAAUCGUGUUUGUGGUUCAGCAUCAUGUUGAAGAUGGUGGUGAUGUGUGUGUGUGUGUGUGUGUGUGUGUGAGACACUAAUUGAUUGAUGUAAAUAACAUUAAAUAGAACCCAGUGUUUUUAAACCUG